AACAGCUUAAGUCCACAUUAUCCCCUUCACUCCUCUUCACUAGAUCCACCCCUCUCCCUCUCCCUCUCUUUCUCUCUAAAACACAACACAACACAACACAACGCACACACACACACGCACAAACACUAUACUCCAUGUCACAAGAGAGAGGAGAGCUCUACCACCACCAACAUGGUCACCUCUUUCUCAAUGAGAUGAUCAAUAGUGGUGGCGACCUCUCGUGCUUCUUCUCGCACCACGAGGCGAUGUCGGUGGCCGACGCGGCGCCGUUCGCGGGGUUCGCCGACUACGACUACGGCGCUGCGCUGUCGCGGGCCGCCUUCGGCGACGUGCGGUGCGACGAGCUCGGGCUCUUCGACGCCCCGCCCGCGAAGCCCGAAUUGCUCAUCGACGUCGACGCUGCGAUUGACUACGGCGCUGUUGUCGGUCGACGUCACGGUUUGGAUGUUUCGAUAGGGGGGGGUGGUGGUGGUGGCGACGGGGGGACCGGCCCGGUGACGCCGAAUUCGUCGGUGUCGUCGUCGUCGUCGGAGGCGGGCGGAGACGAGGAGUCCGGGGGACGGAGCAAGAAGGAUCGGAUAAAGGAGGAAGAAGAGGAAGGUGGGGAGGAGAAGCAACUACAAGCUAGAGGAAGUGAUGAUCAGGGAGGUGAAAAGUCUAAGAAACUAGUGAAAGCAAAAAACAAGGGGGAGAAGAGGCAAAGGGAACCUCGCUUCGCUUUCAUGACGAAAAGCGAGGUCGACCAUCUGGAAGACGGAUAUCGGUGGAGGAAGUAUGGCCAGAAGGCGGUCAAGAAUAGCCCUUAUCCAAGGAGCUACUAUCGGUGCACGACGCAGAAGUGCUCGGUGAAGAAGAGGGUGGAGCGGUCGCACGAGGACCCGAGCAUCGUGAUCACGACGUACGAGGGCCGGCACACGCACCAGAGCCCCGCGAACCUCCGAGGGAGCUCGCACUUCCUGGCGCCGUCGCCGAGCUUUCGGGCCCAGGAGUUUCUUAACCCUAGCAGCCACCACCACAUGAGCACAAACCCUACCAUGUACCUGCCAAUUAGCCUACCCCCUCCUCUCCAGCAGCUCCAAGUACUCCCUGACUAUGGUCUCCUUCAGGACAUCAUCCCCUCCUUCAUUCACCAAAAUCAACCAUGAUAGUUAAUUUACCUACCAUGCCCUCUCUCUUCUUCUUCUUCUUCUUCUUCUUCUUCUUCUUAUUCGCAGCUUAUAUAUCCUUGAGAGCUUCUUGUAUAUGUAUCCUAAAUUCGAGCUUACGAAUGAACUCUCUACUACUAGCUAGUAUUAAUCUGGAGAAGGGAGUAAUGCAUGGAAUAUUAGUUAUUAUGUUUCUGACUCAUUUAGUAGAAGAAUAUGCUCCUUGGGCCCUUUUUUUUUUUUUGGAAGACCAAGUUACAGAUAAUUUUGCUAUCUAUCUAUCUUUAAAAGCUUAUGUAUGUAUGGAAGUGCAGUUUCUUUGAAUGAUGCAUGGUUUUGGAAAUGUUUUGCAUUGA